UCAAACCGAAGAAGGGUCCCAAGGGUGCCAUGCGAAGGGCGUGGAAGAACAUGCUUCCGGCGGAUCGAAUUUUGAUAUUCUGCAUGAAGCAUGAGAUCGUAAGGAAACUACAAACUCCUGCAAGGGAUCAUAUCAUCUUUCCUGAAGCCAAUGUGCUGAAAACGUUUCAAGCUGCUUCUGCACCCAUGGAACAAGAUAUGCCUGAGCCUGACCAAAAAGAGGCGCCUGACCACUCGUUGCCGGAGCAAACCCACUCGUCGCCUCCACCGGCUGCAAGCGACCAGAAUCAGUGCUGCUGUUCUGGCCCUCUCGACUCAUUUGCUCCAAGUUCCUUGUUCAUGCAUCCGCAUCCAGGCUCCUGUGGUUGGCUCGAUGACUAACUAUACAACCUAUCUGCCCCUUAUAGAGAGGAAACACCUGUUACAGGUCAUUUUGCAAAUAAUUGCAAGUAGACAAGCUAGUGUUGGAUUGGAUAUAUACGAGAAAACCUGAAUUCUCUUUGUCGCUGUAGUUAUAGGAAACACCUUGUUUUAUAGCUUGUUGUACCUCAAACCUGCAGCCUUGUACUCAUCACUACCGGAAACCUUAUC